AUGGAUCGGGUAGUGAUAUUGUGUGCUUUAGUAGCGCUUAGCGCUAGUGGCGUAUAUUCCGUUCCGGUACAGGAUGCGACCAUUGUUGCCACACCGGAGGAAGCGAAGGUUACCGCUAGUGUUGAUAAAGACGCAAGCUUGCAAGCCGCGAGAGCCAAACGGCAUUUCGACUUCGGAGGGAUCGGUAUUGGCGUUGGCUUGAUUGGUACAGGAUUUGGCUUUGGAGGGGGUCCUUACGGAUAUUUCCCUCCACCUCCACCGCCGCCUCCUUUUUAUGGCGGUUUCGGUCCGUUCGGUGGUUACGGAUCAUAUGGAUCAUAUGGAUCGUACGGCUCAUACGGGUCGUAUGGCGGGUAUGGACCUUACGGAGGAUUUGGUGUUCCGUACGGUGGAUACGGAGGAGGAUAUCAGUAUGGAUACGGUUCUGGAUUUGGAGUGUUUGGUUAA